AUGGUGGAUGAAGGGCGCCGGGACCCGUCCAAGCGAAUCGUUCGAAAAAUGGAACCUCCAAUUAUAGAAGAACCACAUUGUUGUUUACUAUCUGGUAAAGAGGACAACCAACUGUUUUGCUGCCGGUGUGCCCAUAAAAGGCGAGCAUCGCCUCUUACAUGCUUAGCAAUAUGUUUCCUCGUCCUCACUUAUAAUAUUAUGGGUGGAUUUAUAUUCUUAACGCUAGAAGGCCCUACCGGCUCAUCAGAAGAGACAUCAGUAGCUGCGUCCAAACCUAAUUUAAGCCAAACUCAGAACGGUGAUCUUCGGUCCAAGACGGUUGAACGUCUCUGGUCAAUAACAGAAGAUUUGAAUAUAUUGUAUAAGGAAAACUGGACAAAACUUGCGGCAAAAGAGCUAAUGGAUUUUCAAAAGGUUUUAAUGAAGACCAUAAGAAAGACAGAUAUACCUAACAUGUCCCAAGCCUAUGACCCUACAGACUAUCGUUGGACAUUUGCCGGAAGCUUCCUCUACGCUUUGACCUUGAUUACUACUAUUGGUCAUGGAAGUGUUACUCCAAAGUCAUCAACUGGAAAAAUUGUGGCAAUAGCAUAUGCCUGUGUCGGUAUACCUAUCAUUAUGCUUUACCUCUCAACUGUAGGUGAAGCACUUGCGAGAAACUUUCGUGCGCUCUACUCAAAACUUUGUCCGGCGCGACUUAAGAGCAGAGACUUCCAUUCAAAGGCCGACUGCAUUAGACGCUAUUCAGGGUCCGGUGUUGAGUGCCGACAAUUUGUUGAAUGUCAUAGGCAAGAAAAACUUUUUGAGCGUCAAAAGAGAACACCGUUCCAAGCGGCGUUGAACCUAGAUAGUUUUAAUGGAGGAUAUCAUUGGACAUGUCGGGACCACACGCGAGUGCCAAUUAUUUUAAGUCUACUACUUAUUAUCCUGUAUAUAGCCUUAGGUACGUUUGUUUUUCAUACAACAGAAAAAUGGAAUCUUGUCGACGGAUGCUACUUUUCUUUUUCGAGUCUUGCAACUAUAGGUUUUGGAAAUUUAAGACCCGGCUUAUACGCUAGUACCAUAUCAGCAAAGGCAGAGGAUAUCGCUGUAGGAGUGUGCUGUUUAUACAUAUUGGUGGGCAUUGUAGUAGUAGCUAUGUGUUUUAAUCUUAUUCAAGAAGAUAUGAGCUCAGCGCUUAGGAAAAUCACAACAUUCUGUACGAGCAGUUCAAAAACUCGAGCUGUGCAUAGCAUAGAAAAUUGUGAGGAGAAGAUAUCAAUGGCCUUAGUAUCCUGA